CGUCAAGAGGGAUAAGCACAACGGUUGAUGCAACAUUCCCAUUAGUAAGUGAAUAUUGCUGGUAGCAUUCAUGUGUCCAGUAUUUUCCGUAAUAUUUCUUUGUUUUAUCAGUCCGUGCGGCGCGUGGUUUUUCAAAAGUGUUGUCACCUCAUGGAUUAUAUAGCUUUGAACGCUGCCCCGGAAAUGUGCGUCGCAAACAAAAGCUACAGCGGACCAUUCUUGUGCGGUGAGGACUUGUGAAGUGAGCGUGGUGUUUCUCCGCCUGCCGCAAAAUUUGUGCGUUUGCGUCCCGCGCCAGCGUCACGAUGGCAAAUACCCAGCAGCGAACUUAUAUCUACCUUGACUUCGACAUCGAACCGUUCACGGCGGAGCUCGUGUUUCCUCAGGGCAUCCCCAAGGGUGGCGCUGUGUCCCUCGUGUUUGCGUCUUUCGAGGACAAACGCGUCAAGACGACAAAGUUCACUGAAGAAUUUGCCCGUAUGGUGAGCCAGAAGUUCCGCGUCUCGUCCCCACUCGUCAAUGCCAGACCACAAUGCUUCAUCCGCAUCUCGCUCGUUAAGGACGGCGCAGAACCGCCGCCGCUCCCGAAGCCCAACAAGACUGUGAACCUUGUCAAAAAGCCACCAGUACCGGCGCAGACAUCACAGCAGCCGAAGCUAGUACCGCCAAAAUCUCGGUUCCCCGUGACCAUCGACUACGACGACGAAGAGGAAAAUGUAGAGGAAGCAGACGAUACCGGUGUGCUCAAAAAAGCUUCAAGGAACGCGCGAAAACGCCGCGAGCCUGUAGUCGUAAAAUCUGUUGCCGUUGUCUCUGAUGCAUCGAAACAGGCUGCUUUGAAAGCUGCUGCGCAGAAAUUACCGGAGUCAAACAGUAGUGCCGAAGACCACAGUGACAGUGAUGAAUCGAUUGAGUCGCAGCCAGGUUCACCUUUCGAUGGCGUGGGUGAUGGCGCUGCUGAAAGCAUAGCGUCAGAUGGUGAUGAACCCUGCGCGUUUCGUUGCAUUUUAUGCCCCGAGGCAUUUCACUUCGAAUCAGAGUUGCAGAAGCAUCGAGUGCUAGAACAUGACAUACUGGAAGCCUGCAAGCAUUGCAGCAAGAAAUUCCCCACCAAAUUUAGAAUGGUACGCCAUAUGUGGUCACACUUGCCUCGUAGCAGGUUUCCAUUUCGCUGUCAAGAGUGUAAGAAGGGCUUCAUUACAAAGAGAGAGCUCCUUGGGCAUAAAGCCAAAUCACACAUGGGGAAGCUGCUUACACACCAGGAAGAUGUAACAAGAAGAGAGAGUAUAUUGGAAGCUCAAGGAGCAGUUGCUUCACAAAAGUUGCUCCCCUGUCCACAAAAGCGCUUGCUCUCUGCUGCUGUUGAAGAAGAAAUAUUCUUCUGCGAGUUCUGUUCAGAAGUGUAUUUGACAGGCCACUUCUAUAGACAGCAUGUAUCUAAGCAUCAUGCUGAAAAGCUUGACAUGUAUCCUGUUGACAUCAGUCUGUUCAAUGGAGUUGAAAAAGACCCUAAAUGUGGCCCUGAUGAGGGGAAGUUCUGCUGCACACUCUGUGACAAGUGUACAGGGUCGAGUUUCCGAGAAGUGUGCAGCCACAUAAAUGAUGAACAUCCCACUGCAGGUGUGUAUGCCUGCAAACGCUGCACCCUUGUGUUUUCUAAUGAAGAGGAAUACGGGGCACACAACAGCACCCACCUUGUAAGGGUGACUCCUAACGAGUCUUCACCAGGAUCUAAAGACUACCACUGUAAUUUGUGCAGUGAGGUGCUCGAUCAGCGAAAAACCUUGGUUCGUCACUUGCAGCAACACCACCGUGAUCCCAAUGCCAAGCCCUAUGCAUGUCACAUAUGCCCAUCUCGAUUUCGGGGCAAGUCAAGCUUGUACAUUCAUGCGCGCAAGCACAACGCACUGGUUGACCGUCGUCGCUUCCCUUGCUCCCAGUGUCCCAAAGUCUUCACAGCCAAGCAAUUUCUUAAACGCCAUGAGGAGGCGGUACAUGCUCGAAUGCUGCCUUUUGCAUGCACCUACUGCUCAAAGCGCUUCUACUUUGAGCGUCAUCUGCAGCAGCACCUAGUUAUGAGCCACCGGUCAAAGCUUACCGAGGAACAAGUCGCUGGAUUAAGCCUUAUUCAGAACUUUCAGUGUGAAGAAUGUGGUUUCACCACAUACAGUGACCGCACCAUCCGUCGCCAUGUAUACAGCCACACAGGCACUUACCCAUUCACAUGUGAAGCCUGCAAUCGGGGCUUCGUCUUCCGCUUUGAGCUGACAGCGCACCAUGCAAGGCGUCAUCUGCACCAGAAGCUGCACUGUCAUUUGUGCUCUCGUAUUUUCUUCAUCAAGGAGCGGUUUGAAAACCACCUGUCUGCUCAUGCAGAAAACUGGGGCUUCACGUGUGCAGUCUGCGGCCAGCUGUUUGAGACGCAAGGUUACCUGGAGAGCCACCAACAGCGUCAUUCAGGCAAGACUCCAUACGAAUGCACCGAGUGUGGAAAACGUUUUAGUGCACCCCAGGGUUUGACCUUCCACAAGCAACAGCAUCACCACGCCAAACGUCCUCGCCAUGUUGGCAACUCUAGCACAAAUCACUGGCCCCUCGGAUGUGACAUUUGUGGAAUACGAUUCAAAUACUUGAGCAGCCAGCAAGCACACAUGACCUUCCACCACCCGUCUACUGAGGGCGAGUCGCUGCAAUGCAGCUACUGCCAGCGUAGGCUAGGCUCCAAGCUGGCUCUCUCACAGCACCUUCGGAAGCACACAAAUGAGAAGUACAAGUGCAAGCACUGCGAUCGCCGUUUCCAGUCUUAUGUAAAGUGCCGCACUCACCAGGUUGUCAUGCACACACGCAAGUUCACAACAUUCUGCCCAUUUUGCAGUAAGGGGUGCUUAUCGGUGUUUGACCUUAAGCGGCAUCUCAAAACUGUCCACAAUGCAAUUUUGGUCAAGGAGCCCAACCCUGAAAUGCUUGAUGCUGAUGGCUCUGAAGCUAUAGAGGUGAUGAAUGAGAGCAUGAUUGUUGGGGAAGAGGCUAUCCACAUAGUGGAAGAGGAUGGAAUGGAAGGCAUAACUGAAGAAGGAAGUAUGCAGAUUGUUGAUGAAGGUACCAUUCAAGUUGUUGGUGGCGAUGGGAUCCACAUUGUUUCUCAUGAGCAGGCAAUGGAGCUCAUUUCUCAGGAGGGCAUGCACCUUGUCGAAGGGCAGUACAUUCAGGCAAAUGUUGGACAAGACGUUCACGGAGUAGACAACAGCGGACAGAGUGGAAAUGAAGUGGUUUUGUUGCAGCUUGAGGAGUCAUCGCUGCAAACAUAGAACUGCUUGCACUUGUCAAUAAUCUUUCAUUCAUGAAAAAAGAACUUGCUUUGUUGAAUGAAACUAUUUGUAUUUUAUCACCAAUACAAGUUAAAGUUUUUUUUUUGGUA